AUGGUCUUCACACCGCCGGCAUACAUUCCUCAAUUGCCAGAAUGUCCAGACUCCAUCACCAUUGAGGAAUUCCUACGUGAUGAAAAGUACGGCAGACUCCCGCUGGCCAAGUCCAGAAACCCGUACACAUGCGGCCUCACGGGCAGGACCUUCACCGCCGCUGAAGUAGCUGAGCGGACAGACCUGCUGGCGCGCGCAAUUGGCAAGCGACUGGGCUUCAACCCUCACGAAGAUACCGAGUGGGAGAGAGUCGUCGCGGUAUACUCAGGCAACGCGAUCGACUAUCUUCCCCUUACGCACGCCAUCCAUCGUCUCUCCGGCAUCGUCACGCCAGCCAGCGCCGCAUACUCUACGCAAGAGCUCGAGCAUCAGCUCCGUACGUCGGGAUCCAAGGCCGUCUUCACCUGUGCACCUCUGCUUGACAGUGCGCUCAAGGCUGCCGACGCGGUGGGAAUCCCCCGAGAUCGCAUCUUCAUAGUGCCUAUUUCGGGCGUCGACAAUCCCGCGUCAUAUGUGACCAUUGACGAUUUGGUCGCCGAGGGCAAGAAACUGCCGCCGCUGAAGCCUCUCCAAUGGAUCAAGGGGCAGGGAGCAAGGCAGACUGCCUAUCUGUGCUAUUCUAGCGGCACUUCUGGCAUGCCGAAAGCCGUCAUGGUCUCCCAUGCCAACGUAAUCGCCAACGUCCUCCAGGUCGUCGUCUUUGAGAACAUCCCCCGCAAGAAAAUCUGCGUCGACACGCAGAAUUACCUUGCAGUAUUACCGUUUUCUCACAUAUACGCACUGGUCCUAGUCUGCACCGUCGGACAGUAUCGCGGCGACCAAGGCAUUGUGCUGCCAAAGUACAACUUUGACGAUCUACUCGGUGCUACUCAGCGCUUCGGCAUUCAGCAGUUAUUUGUCGUCCCGCCGAUGCUCAUCCACGUCAUCGGCAACCCCGACAAGGUCGCCAAAUAUGAUCUCAGCAGCGUGCGCUUCGUCUACUGCGGCGCGGCCCCGCUGGGCCCCGAAGUUGUCGACUCGCUGCUCAAGACGUUCCCGAAAUGGCGUAUUGGGCAAGGCUAUGGCAUGACGGAAUGUUCACCUACCGUCUGCACGACAAACGAACUGGACGUGCUGUCGGGUUCAUCAGGCUCUCUAUUACCCGGAAAGCGGGCCAAGCUCAUUGAUCUUGAGGGAAAAGAGGUUACCAAGUACGAUACGCCAGGAGAGCUGUUGAUUCAAUCUCCGGCCGUUGUUCUGGGAUACUUGAACAAUGAAAAAGCUAAUGCCGAGACGUUUCUCCAUCACGAAGACGGCCGCUGGCUGCGAACAGGCGACGAGGUCAUUGUGCGAAAGUCGGCACAGGGCCACGAGCACAUCAUCGUCGUCGACCGCAUCAAGGAGCUGAUCAAGACAAAGGGCCAUCAAGUUGCUCCAGCAGAACUGGAAGCCCACCUCCUCGCCCACCCCUACGUCUCCGACUGCGCCAUCAUCCCCGUCCCAGACUCUUACGCCGGCGAGGUGCCCAAGGCCUACGUCGUCAAAUCCGACACCGAAUGCACUGGCAAGUCCGACAAGGACGUCGAUGCCGCCAUCCAACAGCACGUACAGGAGCACAAGGCCAAACACAAGUGGCUCGUUGGCGGCGUCGAGUUCAUUGACGCCAUUCCCAAGAGCCCCAGCGGCAAGAUUCUACGACGCCUGCUGCGAGACAAGGAGAAGAAGGCAAGGCAGGCCAAUGGGGCGAAACUAUGA